AUGAACCUAGACCACCCAUCGGCUCUGCAACCAGCUCCUUGCAUCGUGAACCACCAAGACCUCACCAAGCUCGAACGCAACGACUACUCCGUCCUCUGGAGGCACAAGAUGGGCCUCGACAAGUACGACCCAGCAGUCUUCGGGCUCGGCCCAUCCUCGGCUUCCGGAUCCAGAGUCGGGUCGGGCGAGGAGGCUAAAGCCGUGGAGAAGAGCGCAUUCGAUUUGAAGUUGGAGAAGUACGAUGCGGCGGCAAAGAUCAAAAUCAUAAAGGAGGUGAGAACUUUCACGGAUUUGGGGUUGAAGGAGGCCAAGGAAUUGGUCGAGAAAGUCCCUGUGGUGUUGAAGAAAGGUCUCACCAAAGAAGCGGCUGAUCCGAUUCUCACUAAGCUCAAGGAAUUGGGUGCCACUGUGGUAUUGGAAUAA